CAUCCACCGUACUCCUGAAGCCAUCUCCUCUUAUCUCUCUGCUUUUCUUUUUCCCGCCUAUUUAAAAGCCUUUCGGCCCUUUCUUCGCCGGCCGCCACUGCAAAUGUAUACGCAUUCUCAUUUUCUCACUCAAAACCCGACGGUUCUCCCUUUCUGUUCGAGUUCAUCGAAACUUUUCCCCAACAGUCGAGGCCUUCCAUUCUCGAAGAAUCUCUCGAACUCUGCCCUAGAUAUUAUCGUAUCUAGGCAGAACAGAUUUUCUACCGAAAUGAGCUUGAAUUCGAAGCUCUCGAGUCAGGUAGAAAGUGUUCCCUUAGGGUUUAAAGAGGAGGAUAUAGAUCGCUUCCUCAAGGUCGGCAAUAAGGUUGCUGACGCCGCUGGAGAAGUGAUCCGGAGAUAUUUCCGUAAGAGCUUCGAGGUUCUCGACAAGGAAGACUUGAGUCCUGUAACGAUUGCUGAUCGAGCUGCCGAGGAAUCCAUGGUUUCCAUCAUCUUAGAGAACUUUCCAUCUCAUGCAAUUUACGGAGAGGAGAAUGGUUGGAGGUGUCAAGAGAAAACUGCAGAUUAUGUUUGGGUCUUAGAUCCGAUAGAUGGGACAAAGAGUUUCAUUACAGGAAAACCUUUAUUUGGGACUCUCAUUGCUUUUGUGCAUAAGGGAAAACCGAUUGUUGGCAUUAUUGAUCAGCCUGUUUUAAGAGAAAGGUGGAUUGGGAUAAGCGGGAGGAGAACUACACUGAAUGGACAAGAAAUAUCGACACGUGCCUGUGCAAACCUUUCUCAAGCCUAUUUGUACACAACAAGUCCUCAUCUGUUCAUUGGAGAUGCUGAAGAGGCAUUUGCUCGUGUUAGAAGCAAGGUGAAAGUGCCACUGUAUGGCUGUGACUGUUAUGCCUACGCUCUCUUGGCAUCUGGUUAUGUGGAUCUUGUUGUUGAGUCUGGUCUCAAGCCAUAUGAUUUCCUUUCACUGGUUCCCGUCAUCGAAGGCGCUGGUGGAGUAAUAACUGAUUGGAAAGGACAUCAUCUUUAUUGGGAGGCCUCUACUCAUUCACGUGCAACAAGUUUUAACGUGGUGGCAGCAGGAGAUGAAAAGAUUCACCAACAGGCUUUAGAUUCAUUGCAAUGGAAGUAAAGUUGGGCAUUAUUCAAGACGAAAUGGUAUGUAAGUGGAAACUAGGGAUUGACUUCAUUGGGUAUUAAUAUUAUCGUGAGAAGUAACAUGAAUCUGAAGCCAAAGGCAAUGGAAAUCCUCUACAAGCUGAUUGGAAGUUUAAGAUGUAGAAACUAUAUAGCUGAUUGGAAGGGAAUUUUCCAUUCUGUGAAGUUUAAGUAUUUGUAUAUUUGAUUUGGCACUGCUUGUUUUGUUCUUAAAAUGUCAGAUAAUAUUAGGAAAUUUGUCUUAGGCAAGGUUCAAAAGUAGCUGAAAUGCAAAGAGUAUCAGUAGGAUGGAUUUAAGAAACA